CAGUGCUGCUGCCCACGCUGCUGCUACCACCGCCCAGCCCCGUGCACCCCGACCCGGCAGCCCGGCCGCCGGGAGAGGCUGAGACAUGGCCGAAGGGGAAAUCACUACCUUCACCGCCCUGACCGAAAAGUUCAACCUUCCCCUGGGGAACUACAAGAAACCCAAACUCCUGUACUGCAGCAACGGGGGCCACUUCCUACGGAUCCUCCCGGACGGCAAAGUGGAUGGGACCAGGGACCGAAGCGACCAGCACAUUCAACUCCAGCUAAGUGCGGAAAGCGUGGGAGAGGUGUAUAUAAAGAGCACCAAGUCUGGGCAGUACCUGGCGAUGGACACCAAUGGGCUGCUCUACGGCUCGCAGUUACUGGGUGAGGAGUGCCUGUUCCUUGAAAGGAUCGAAGAAAACCAUUACAACACGUACGUCUCCAAAAAGCAUGCGGAUAAGAACUGGUUUGUUGGUCUGAAGAAGAAUGGGAACAGCAAGCUGGGGCCGCGGACUCACUAUGGCCAGAAGGCGAUCCUCUUCCUCCCGCUGCCCGUCUCGGCCGACUAAGCCGCGUCCCAGGAGCUCAGAGACAACCUGAACCCCAAAACCCAACCAUCGCCUCCUCCUUUUCCCUCACUCUCUUUUUGGCUAGUAUGACAGAGCCAAAUGUUAGAGCUCCAAGCUUUAGGUAAAGGCUUUACCAAAAAUAGACAAAGCAGAGCUCCUCCGCUCUGCACGAAACUUUGCAGAGAUGAGGGGAAAAGCCCUGACACCUCCCCAGGGUCCACCGGCACCCCCGCCUCCCCCUGCCCUCUGCCGUCUGUCGGCAACGCGGGGCCAGCUCGUGCAGUGACCACACUGCAGCUCCCGGGGACACGCACAAACCUGCCUCGGGCAGGCACCCAGAAACGUGGCCAAGGUUGCCCCAACCACACCCCAGAUACCAGGGGAACGCACGCUUUUACUGUCCCUGGUCAUUCUGAGGCAAAACCUCCCUGGGUACGCUGUAUUAACAUAUUUAUCCAUCUGAGUAUGUAGCUUCUAAUAUGCCCUUCAAGAAAUUUCAGAUUGCACCAUCAGUCACGUUAUCGAGUGCCAGCCUGGUUAAAUGCUUGCAGAUAUCCUUAGCGUAUAAAGUUAAACUAUCAUCAGCCAAAAGCUCCAAGCCCUAGACAACAGCCUCCCUUACAACAUGAAUAUUGCUAUAUUUCGUGCUAGUGCCUGCCAUAUGUUAUUUGUAUUUAUUUAUUAAGUAAACCUGUCUCUUCAACAA